UCUAUUUAUCCCCUUCUCCACCACUUCUUUCCUGUGGAACACGGCAGCCCCCCAAGGUGCCAAAGGUAGGCGUGGUUUAGCUGCUGACGAACAGAGCCGGCCAGCCAAUGGCUACAGCUUCGUGGCCCCCGCAGAUCGGAAUGACGGAGGGAGCACGGGGGACCCCCGGGGGUUACUGUGCGCAGUUUGUAGUGUUUAGCCGCUGGGGCGAAGCGUUUCACACCUCAUGAAUGAAGUCGCGCCGGCGAAGAGGGUCUGUACACCAGUGACGGGACCCCCUACCCCACUCACUCUCCCCUCCCCAGUUCCUUGUCCCUCCCUAAUUUCCUCCCUCCAUCCUGCCGCGACACCGUCAAUGAAUUGGCAGCCGCGCGCUCUGGCUGGUCUCGUCUGCUCACGGCAGUCACACUCCGUCUCGUGCCCAGGCAACUGCUGUUGCGCCUUCAGCCCUGCUUUUCUUUCUCUCGUGGGUCGGACAGCUGAAAGUUUCAGGGUGGCAUUCGUAAUGUUGGAUGGAAUGAGGAGGGCGACGGAGGUGUUGUUGCCCUCGAGGACAAGGAGCCUGUCCAGUCGCCGCCGCGAGUAAAGGAAGUACAUCCUGAUACCCCUCCCUCACCCUGUUUCUCAACCCUUCUGUUUCUAAGGGGGUGGAUGUGUGUGUGCGUGUGUUCGUGUCUCACAGACAGACAUUAUCCAGUGCCAGCUAAUUCCUCUGUUCACUUGCAGCUGACAGAUGUCGAGGAUAUGUGAUUCUCAGUGGAUGAUGUGAACAAGCUUUGUUGUCCUGAACGGCAAGUUUAAUCGUGGAGCUCUUCAUUGUAUUUCAGUUUAUUUACAUAUUUUUUUAACGAUUGGCUGGGAGGACACAAGGUGGCAGGAAGGAGAGAAAUGUGUUCGGAAAGAGACAGCCCGUGACGGGUUGUCAGGCUCCCCAUCCCUCGCAAAUCCUCUUACAGUGAGAGCGGGGAGCAGUGCGGCGCCAUUGGAUGCUGCAAAAACACAUCAUGACCGGCCAGACAGACAAAGUCAGGAGCGCGACGCACUGUUAGUGGCAGCACGUGUUGUACUGUCUGCCUGUCGGACACUCUGCCCCCCUCCAUCAGGGCUGUGUGACACGCCGUGACCCUCAUCCGAGGACGUAGUCUCCCCCGCCCUGGUCAACUGCCACGUAACUUUGACGUGAACAGUUGGAACACGCAAGAGGAAAAAAAAAAAAAGCCGUUGGCAUAGUUGUCAUGACAGCACGAAGUCAGAAUCAGUGAUCCCUGCGCUGUUUGGUUGUGACAAAUCGUGUAUCCCACUUUCACUGGUGGGGGAACUGUGCAAGGAACUGUCGCCGCAUCUUCUGUGUGUCUGCUGCUGCUGCUGCCGCACCACGCGGGGAAGAGCGCACGCAGCAUGUCUGAGGAUCUGGAACUGCAAUCGGAAGGGAGCGAUUGGCGCGGGCUGAUGAAGUGGAGGUAGGACCUGGCUGCUGCUGCUGCUACACUAGUUGUGUGGAGUAUUCUUUACGUUCUGCCGGUGCAAAGCCACAAAACAUGAAAGAAAAAAAAUCUGCCUCGCUUUUUUAGCUCUUGGGAAUUCUUCGGCGGGAUCUUUGCUGUGCUGUGUUUAGUGCGCGGUGUGUGAGGGUGGGUUUGUUUUUCUUUCUUUUUUUUUUCGAGGGUGGGGGAACACAUUCUGGCCUGCCAUGUGUCAGAGCAUUGCUGGAGAAUCGUCGCGCGGCGGGGACCAGGGCUGGCGUGGCUGGUGUCAAGGAAACUGGUUGUGGGGCAGUGUCGCCUUAACGUUAGUCCUCCUUGUUCCCCAGCUUCCGGUGACGGAGGGCAACCAAUACCGCAACAUGUUUGCUGCACAGCAGGCCCCUCCGGACCCCUGCUUCGACUCCAACGGACAACCCAGACGUUGCAUUCCCGACUUCGUCAACGCCGCCUUCAGCAAGGAGGUGGUGGCUUCCAGUACCUGCGGAUCUCCGCCCAGCCGCUACUGCAAGUCCAGCACGGACACGCAGGGCCAGGUCAUCCGCAACUGCUUCAUCUGCGAUGCCAACCACCCGAAGAGACGGCACCCGGCCUCGUACCUGACGGACCUGAACAACCCCAACAACCUGACCUGUUGGAUGUCCGAGCCGUUCGUGCAGUACCCGCAGAACGUCACUCUUCGCCUCAAUCUGGGCAAGAAAUACGAGCUGACCUACAUCAGCCUGCAGUUUUGCUCCGCACGGCCCGAUUCUAUGGCCAUCUUUAAGAGCGUUGACUAUGGGAAGACGUGGGUGCCGUUCCAGUACUACUCCAGCGAUUGCAAGAAGAUGUACAGCAAGUCUCCGCGGGCCGCCAUCACCAAGGCCAACGAGCAGGAGGCUCUGUGCACCGAGGCCUACAGCAACAUCGACCCCUUGAGCGGCGCCCGGGUGGCGUUCAGCACGCUGGAAGGCCGGCCAUCCGCCUACGACUUCGACAACAGCCCCGUGCUGCAGGACUGGGUGACGGCCACGGACAUCAUGGUGGUCUUCAACAAACUCAACACCUAUGGCGACGAAGCGGUGGACGACGAGGGCGCUCGUGAGAGUUAUUACUACGCCCUCUCCGACUUCGCCGUCGGCGGCCGCUGCAAGUGCAACGGCCACGCAUCGCGUUGCGUAGCCAACAAGGAGGGCCGCCUGGUCUGCGAGUGCAAGCACAACACGGAUGGAUACGAUUGUGAGAUGUGCAAGCGCUUCCACUACGACCGGCCCUGGCAGAGAGCCACUUCCACGGAGGCCCACGAAUGUGUCGCUUGCAAUUGUAACUUGCAUGCGCGGCGAUGUCGCUUCAGUAGCGAGUUGUACCAGCUGUCCGGCUAUCGCAGCGGGGGUGUGUGCAUGGGGUGUCGCCACAACACCGCGGGCCGUCACUGCCAUUAUUGCCGCGAGGGCUACUAUCGGGACCUCACCAAACCCAUCGCUGACCGCAGGGCGUGUAAAGCGUGCAGCUGCCACCCGGUUGGAGCUUUGGGGAAGAUGUGUAACCAGACCACCGGCCAGUGUCCGUGUAAGGACGGCGUGACCGGCCUCACCUGUAACCGCUGCGCCAAAGGUUAUCAGCAAAGCAAGUCGCCGAUCGCACCCUGCAUCAGAUUUAUAACCGAGGUGCGUAAAGACCCCAACAUCACGGCGCGCGGCCGUGCAGUGUUUCCUAACAAAGAUAGGACACGACAGAGAGAGAGAGAAAUGGACAGAGGUCGCACAGAGACGGAGAGAGAAAAAAUCCCUAAACCCACGCCCACAGAAGACCCCGGGGGCAAAUCGCCUGGCCGAGGUGAAGGCGAUGACGGAAGCUGCAAGAAGUGCAAGAAAAGGGUUCGGAGACUGAAGUUCAAGAAGUUCUGCAAGAGGGAUUUCGCGAUCCUAGCGCAUGUUGUGUCCCGCGAGGUUGUCGACGACUGGAUCAAGUUCACCAUCAACGUCAUCAGCUCCUACCCCCGAGGCACUGCCGACCGCGGGAGACGGGGCGAGACCUUCCUGUGGAUACCUCAGGAUGACCUCAAGUGCAAGUGUCUCAAGAUCCGCACAAAUCGACGAUACUUGGUCGCCAAACAUCGAAAGGGAGACAAUCGCACGGGCUAUAUCAUCGACCGGAAGUCAAAGGUCGUUCGCUGGAAAGACAAGUGGAACCGUCGCUUGAAGCGUUUUCUCCAGCAGGAGAAGAGUGGAGAGUGUAGAACCUGAAUAAGAAUCUAGAAGAAAAGGGAGACAUUUACUUCAUAUUAUUGGCUUUUGGCGACGGGGGGACAAGGGAGGGGUUAGGGAGAGUCAGUGAGAGAGACAAUACCAUGAGCACAAGGGAAAGACAAACUCGGCUAUCGGACAACUAACUAGCCUCGCCAAUUCAGAUGGGGAAGAAAAUUUAAUUAGUACAGCUUAGUGAACAAUUUUUCCACACCAAAACCAAAUUCUGCGUAUAACAUCUGUAGAUUGUGAUCAGUUUAUUUGUGGUCGGUAGAUCUUUUUUUUUAAUGAGAUAUUGGAUCGUGAUAUUGAGAUUGUGAGAAAAGAGUUGAAAAGUGUCCAGCAAAUGCUUCGUUAAGUAUCGGCAAACGUUUCAUCAGACGACAACCAGGCGGAAAGGAAGGAAGAAAAUGUAGGGAAAAGGCCCGCAGUGCUUGGUUCUCUAAAGAAGAUCAAGCGAGGGUGUUGCGGACUAAAGGGGAUAAUCCGGGGUCUUUCGUAGUAGAAACAAGGCCUCGAUCCACCAUUUUAUAUUGUCUGUCACACCCGCUGUCGACGAGUAGUUAUUUCACUGUCCACAAAUACCUCAAGGUUCGUGCGCAGUCCCUUCUGUUUGUUGCUGUCAGAUGUAGGGGUAGCGCCGUUGUUGUAGUUCGUGUCCACGUUCCUGUAGAUGACAUGUUUACACCUCUGUUUUUUGUCAAACUUACACCGAAGCGAUGGCGGUUUUGUGAUACACGGGACUCGCAGUGCAAAACACAAACGAGGGUCAGUCUGACCUGCGUAGACUUGUGACAUGAUUUGGUUGUGAUUUGGUGACGAGGUUCGAGACUCUUCUCUGAAGGUUGCCAACAUGUCGUGGCGUGAGACCAUUCUCCAUCAGCCGCUCGUUUCGUAAAACUGGAGUUGUUGUAGUGUUGUGCAACCAUAAUUGACCACAAACUUGUGCUAGGCUGUCCAUUGCCAGGACUGGUGUCAAAGGUACAUUUUGUGGAUGUGUCAGGACCGCGCUACCACCAGCUCAAAAAGUAUGAAGAAGGGACAAACAUGGAGGCGUUCUUGGACAAAGAUCCGUUAGGGAAACUCCAAAUGGUUGUGUGUGUUUGUUGAGAGAGUAAAGCUCACAGCCCAUACGCUCUGUCCGGAAUUUUUGACGAAAGAGAAACCUGGUGUGUCGAUAACACCACAGAAACAAAAAUUAUCUGAAGGAACUGAGUAAUGAAUUCACUCCUCUGACCGGAUUCUUCCCCUGCUUGACUGUCACAAAGUCAUGAGAAGGAGGCUCGAUAAAGAGAAGUGCAUCGUGUCAUCGGUUUUUGUGUAUUCAGAAAACCAGAGAAUAUCGUGUUUUGUUGUUGUUUUUGUAUACGUGUGGCCUCCUCUACCUUUCUCACUGGCCUCACCCUCUCGUCAGGUGGUGUGCGUGGAAACAGAUGUCUUCAUGUGUCGUCACGUGUAAUGUACGGGUCUGGCCCCUGCAGAUUGUUGUCGAGGAGUGGGUUGCACAAGCAUCUGUGUCCCUUGUUCUCACUCAUAAUGUGCCGUGAAUCCAUACCUGACCGAUGCACCUACCCUUAGAUUUGCGGGUACUUCUAAGACCGGAAAAUGGCGAAAAGACUGAUUCUGAAAAGUCUAACAAAUCGUUUGUGUUGGUAGUCACUGCACAAUCCUCCAUAUCGUGGCACGAACUUGAAGGCUGUCUGUCCUCACAGACGUUGAUGUGUCCGAGCUUUGCUGUGGAUGCUGCACCGGGGUGAAAGACUUGGUAAAUGUUGACCGACGACCGAAUAUGUUUAGAAACGCGCAGACGCACCGUGAGAGUAAAUGUUUCACAGUGCACUUUGUGGAAAGGCCAGUUUCGCUCACAAUGGAUGUAAGUUAAUGUACUUAAUCAUUUUAAUCACUUAAUCACUUUAUAGCUUUCGUUAAGUUAUGUUUGGGGAUAAACAACACGCAUACAAUCCCAUCCAUAAAUGUACAAACACACCCGCACACACACUGAAACAAUUCUGUGCUUUAAAUGUUUUUAAGCAAUCAAAUGUGAACUGUUGUAUUUUAUAUAAAAAAAAAAAAUUCAGGCCAAAUAGAAAAACAAAAGAUGUUUCAAAACAUGGGAAGCUGAAAUUCUUAAAGAAAUUAAGUCGUUUAGAAUGAUUUCGUUGCCAAGUUAUGUUGUUUUUAAUUUCGGAGAAGCUGGGCGAGUGCUGCUCUGAAGUGUAUAUACUGCCGCUUGUUCAUGAACGGCUUCACUGGUCUUUAUGUUCUGUGUAUAUAUACAUCUGAUGUUGACAGGUUCAGUAUCUUUCUGUCGUACGCCAAAUAGCAUACAGAUACUUUAGUGUAACAUAUAUAGUCCAAAUUUAACUUACUUCAUUACCGAAAUGUACACGAUAAUUAAAGGUUUUUUUUCUUGAUUGCUCUCUUUCCGAAACUUCUUUUUUUUUUUUUUUUUGACACGUGAAUUCUGGCCUUACAUGUCAAAUUGACAUGUGUCCCUUUUUGCUUCCUUCUUUACUUUAGAAAGCCUUUAAUUUUGAAAUUAUUCAGUAGUUGAAUGUGUGAUGUGAUCGUGGCGAAGUCGUGGCGAAUGGUAGCCAACGUAUGUUUAAACGGUUUCGGUGAGCAGGCGAUGAGAAAUGAUCAUGCUAUAGAAAUGUUUGAGGUUGUUAUCAGGAUAUAUUAUUUACUGUAUUUCUAAAUUAUCUGCAGAUAACCCUUCAGUGUAACCUAGCCUUCUCCCCCAAAAGUCCCGUCACUUUUUUUAAAAUCUUGAUUGCAUUCACUGGACGUGCUUAUAUACAAUAUUUUCUGUCUUUUUUUUUUCAUAAUAUUGCAUUGGACAAGUUGUUAGACGAGGAAACCAAUGACAUGUAAGCGAUAGCAUUUAAAAUUGUUUUUGUUGUCAUUUGUUAAUUUAAUUUUAAGGACGGUAAUCACUUACACGGUGGGUGCAAUCUGAAUGUUCCAACUAUGUGGGGGAUGGUUGACACUUCUUAACUGCUUAGAGUAACAGCGCUUACACAUGAAAAAAAAAAAGUUCUAGAAGUCUGCAUCCUCUCUGGCAGGUGUUAUGGUAGCAUGCAAAACAGCUUAAACAAAACAUUAAUUUAACUUUACUGUUUGCAUUUUUUAAAAUGAAGAGAAAAUUAUUCUGCGAGGAAACAACAAUCUUGUCAGGCUGUUAGAAGUCUUUUCACUUUUAUACGUUUCAGUCUUUGAAGGAGGCAUGGAAGACUAUUUUAUUUAUUUAUCCUUUUUUUUUUUGUCUUUGCCUUUAUGUGACAUCUAGCUUUCUUGAAUGUUCUGUAUAAUGCAGCUCCACGAAUGCCAUCAGUGAUACAUGUUAAUGUAAAUAGACACAGCUUUAUAUGAUGUACGUAUUCUUAUCGUCGUUUGAAUGCCAGUGACACGGGAUACAACUCGUAUGUCACGUGACUCACGUCUUCAUGUGUCGGGUAGUUAUCAUCAUCACAUGAACUUUAGUUGAUUCAGUCGAAAGUCUGUAGCACUCUUAACUUCCACGUGAACAAUCCUACUAUCCCUUCUGUAUAUUGUCAUCCUUCUUGUUCACCAGCUGUGAAUUCUUCAGUUACUGUUCACAUUGAGAGCAGUGUCAGGCCUGUCAGUCGUGAUGUAACGGUGGGCUUUAGCGAGGGUUUACAGGUCCACCUCACAGAUUAGCAAGUAGUGGCAAGGUAAUUGCUUUGCCUGCCACCGGUAAUUCAUUUGGAAACACGCACGCAAGUAAUAUUUGCAUAAUGAAUGUGAGGAAAAAGGAACGUACUCUAUGACUGGUACUGUCAAACGUAUAUUUUCCUGUGCCACCUUUGAGACCAGAAAUCCAAAGAACUGUUUUCAUUAGUUUAAAAAAAAAAGAACACAAGAGAUGUCAAAGGCUUUUUGUGGGCUGAACGCUGUCAGUCUUUGACCUUUGAGUGUUAUGACAAAUGAGAUGACAGGUGCAGUAAGUAAUGAAACUGAGUUUAUAGUAAAAUGUAAAACAUCCCAUUUCCUUUUCAAACUUUGUACGAAAGCUGAAUUAAAACAAAAACACUUCUCUUGACUUUUUGCCAUUAUUCGUUUUCUGCGUGUUCUUCUCGUGUGUCGGCUCAUUGAUGUUUUAGGCAGAAAUGAAUGUUAGAAAGUAUGUGGAAAAAAAAAAACAAAGUAAGUAAACAGUAGUGAUACUUGUUAAUGUAUGUGUCAUUAAAAUGAGAAUAAAGGCCUUUGUACUGUCA